AGUAUAUCCCUGCGAUGAUGCAUGUACGGUAUUCACCGCCCGGUGUAUGAUUACGUAUCGUUUAUACACAUCGUGCGCCUAUGUGGCAGUGCUGUGGCGGUGAGUGUUGUGUAGUCACCGGACGUGCAGAUGUUCUAUAGACAUUUAGUCAUCAUCAGCAUCAUCAGCCAUGGUCAUCAGUCAAUUGCUGGAUGAAGGCCUCCUCUGCAAGUGGUCAUCUCUCACCGAGCAUGCGACGUGAACCGGGCAGCACCUGACUACACACAUUGCAGACAAGCGCACAGCCGAGAUGACAUCCACAUACAGCAGCGCUCACAUCAUCGGCGUGCACAGCCUGCUGCUGCCGCUGCCUUGCCCACACCGUGGACUGUCACCGUAGGAGAUCAUCGCUGCCCGGUCGUCUCGUAGCAAGCAAAGCGGGGAGAAGGAGGAAGAGGAGGAGGACGAGGAGAAGGAGGAGAAGGAGGAAGAGGAGGAGAAGGAGGAGGGGGGGUCCUCUGUACGAGCCGAGCGUUCAUGAUUCGCAGCAGCAUCAGCGUCGGCAUCCGUCGGAGAUCCGUGGACCCCAGUUGACGGCGAAAAGACGGCAGCGAUUGGGAAGGCUGCUGCCUUCUCUUCAUCCCUCCAACCUGUGCCGUAGACAGGAGGAGGAGGAGGGUGUUGCGGCAGCAGCAGCAGCAGCGGCUGCUGUUGUUGUUGUGGCUGGGAGCGGUGGGUCGGGUGGUUGGGGUGGUGCGGGAGCCGUGUCUCGGCUCGGGGAGUUCGAGAGGAGGAAGAAGAAGACGACGACGAGGAGAAGGAGAAGGAGGGAGGGUUGCCCCGGGGGUGGCCGUCUCUUGCCACAGCCAUGGCGGGAUCUGCCGGCGGCGGCGGCACGGAGCGACGUCCCACGCUCCGUCUGCUGUGCCUCGUGUACGCGUGGAUUACAGCCUGGGGCACGGGCUGCCUGGCGGAGGAUGCGUUCAGCACGGAGGCGUGGCUGCAACGGUACGGCUACCUGCCUGGGGGAGAUGCCCGCAUGUCCACCAUCCGCUCGCCGGGAGUCAUGUCGGCCGCCGUCUCUGCAAUGCAGCGGUUCUACGGCAUCAACGUCACCGGCACUGUUGAUGCCGACACCCUCCGAGAUUCACAGUCAAAAAGGUGGAUGAAGAGGCCUCGCUGCGGCGUUCCCGAUCGGAUCGACCAGGGCCUGCAGGCCGGCUUGCGGCGCAAGCGCUACGCCCUCACUGGGCAACGGUGGCAGCAGAAGCACAUCACCUACAGCGUGCAGAACUACACGCCCAAGGUGGGCGAGGCGGACACGCGGCGGGCGCUGCGACGCGCCUUCGACGUGUGGCAGCAAGUGACGCCGCUCAUCUUCGAGGAGGUCUCCAACCACGAGAUCCGCAGCAGCCGGCGCGAGGCCGACAUCAUGAUCUUCUUCGCCUCGGGCAACCACGGCGACAGCUCGCCCUUCGACGGCGAGGGCGGCUUCCUGGCGCACGCCUACUUCCCUGGCCCGGGCAUCGGCGGGGACACGCACUUCGACGCCGACGAGCCCUGGACGCUGGGCAACGGGAACGCUGGAGGUAACGACCUGUUCCUCGUCGCCAUCCACGAACUGGGCCACGCGCUGGGCCUGGAGCACUCCAACGACCCCGCAGCCAUCAUGGCGCCCUUUUACCAGUACAUGGACACAGAAAACUUUGUCCUGCCCCGCGAUGACCUGCAGGGAAUCCAGCAGAUAUACGGCCCCGCUGAGCAGGACAAGGUCCCCUCGCGACCCCUUCCGACUCCACCUCCUCCCCGGCGGCCCGAGACCCCGCGCCGCGUCGACAAGGUGCCCAAGCCUCCACGCAGCCCCGACCUCGGCGUGGAUCGACCGCCACCGCCGCCCGGCACCACCCCCGACAUCUGCGAGGGGAGGUUCGAUACCGUGGCGAUUCUCCGUGGCGAGAUGUUUGUCUUCAAGGACCGCUGGUUUUGGCGCGUACGCAACAACCGCGUGCUCGACGGCUACCCCAUGAACAUCGGACAUUUCUGGCGAGGACUGCCGACCAACAUUGACGCCGCCUACGAGCGGCCUGACGGGAAAUUUGUCUUCUUCAAAGGUGACCAGUACUGGGUGUUCAAGGAGGCAAUGGCCGAACCCGGAUAUCCCCGCAGCCUGGCUCAGUUUGGGAACGGCCUGCCCCACGACCGCAUUGAUGCCGCACUCUGGUGGGAGCCCAUGAGGAAGACCUUCUUUUUCCAAGGAGAUAGGUACUGGCGGUUCAAUGAGGAUAACCACGCCACGGACCCUGGGUAUCCGCGGUCAGUCACAGUGUGGAAGGGCAUUCCGGACGGACCAAAGGGAGCUUUCAUGGGUCGAGAGGGCGCCUACACCUACUUCUACAAGGGCAAGGACUACUGGAAGUUUGACAACGAGCGGCUCUCGGUGGAGUCCGGUUACCCUCGCUCCAUCCUCAAUGACUGGAUGGGUUGCGGCGGCGGCGGCGGCGGUGGCGGCGGUCCCGGAGGCCCAGGAGGCCCCGGUGGACCCGGUGGACCCGGUGGACCCGGUGGCCCUGGCGGCGGCGUUUCCGACGACAGCGACGGGCGGCGGAGACACCGCCCUCACGGCGACGACGUGGACAUUGUGGCUCGCACGGCGGCCGCCAGCGGCGUCAACGCCAUCGCCGUGGUCAUCCCCUGCAUCCUGGCGCUGUGCAUGCUGGUGCUGGCCUACACUGUGCUGCAGUUCAAGCGCAAGGGCACGCCGCGGCACAUACUGUACUGCAAGCGCUCCAUGCAAGAGUGGGUGUGACUGGCGGGGGGGCUCCGCUCACCUGCCAACUCCCCCCCCCCCCCAACUGGCUCCCACCACACCCCGUCGCAGCAGUCGCACGGCCGAAAUAUCCCUUCAAAGAGCCCUGGCGAGGAACGAGCAAUUUCCUAGAAGUAACAAUGAAAUGAAAUUUUUAAUAUUGAUUUGAAAAGGAGUAAAUAAAUAAGCGCAGCAGGAGGAGGAGGAGGAGGAGAACAAGAAAAAAGGCCCACUUGAGGGUUUCCUGAACUAUGACAAGGCCUUGAGACGAGUGCCUGCGGUCUUUAUGCAGACACGGUCGCCGGAUUCUCUUGUUUGUGUCUAGACAGGGUUUUAUGAGAGGUACUUGAGAGAUGAACAAUCCAAGGCCAUUUGAGCGACCCUGCCGCGCGCACGACAAGGUUUUGGCCACGCUUCGGUUUUAGACGAAGAGGAUAGAGAAAUAUUCAAAAAUGGUUGCUGGCGAGUGGACGAGCCGGCCGUACCAAAUCGUUUCGCCAACCGGCUUGCACGACGCUUCGGCGGAGACGUGCCACUCUGUGAACUUCAGCUGAAAUAAUGACUCUGGGCCAAAAAAAGCCUUAAGAUGAUUUUCUCUCCGCUGUAGCAGCUUGCAAUUUGGUACACGACGGAGGGAGUAAUAAAUGCGGCUGCACUGUAAUGUAUAAACUACCUAGAGAGAUUCCGCCGUUACUUGGGGCAAGAGUUCUUUGUGCAUGCAUUGCAGGCAAAAAAAAAAGUCCGUAUACACUAAUAUAACCUCUCAAGCGAAACAACCUGAAGGAAUUUCAUUCAAAUUAACAACUCUGAGAUUUGCAGUGUGUCGGCUAUGGUCGAAUCAUGAGCUUAACUCAGCUAGAAAUGGCAUAACGAAAGGGAAUUCGGGCUACAGCGGUUUCUGCGGAUGAACCAACACAGUCUUAGGAUAUCUGACAUUCAGUUCCACUUAAUUUAAACAUUAAUAAUCAGAAUUUAACACUGGGUCAAUUAUGUUAUUUGCUUGUGUGUUUUUUCCCCAGGUGUUCACAUAUCAAGUAACAUUUCAAUUAAUGUCGCCAAAAUUUUGCAGGGACUUUGCAGAAGGUUAUAAGCAUGGGCGCGUUUAGUGCAACAUUUUUGUUAUUGAACUUUAAUACUCUUUACUCACUGUUUUCAUGACUUGGGUUAUACUCUGUCUAAUAAUAACCUUUAGAUUUUUUUUUCUCCUGUUAAUGCAUCUGUUAUAUGAACAGAAUCUUUCAUUGACUGAUAGUCUCAUGAUGCAUCCAGACACACAACAACGAAAACUUGUGUGCUGUUAAAGGGGAUCAUUUUGGCGUAACCUCAUGUUGGUGGAUAAAAGUGCAAGUCGGUAAAGAGGGGCACAUGCUUGGGAGUGUAGUAGGAAAGGCCUGGACAUAUUUAAAGAUCACAGGCAAUGUCGGUUGAUAAUGCAGUCAGUUUUCAGCUUUGCAUAAUUCUAGGUUACAUUUAUAAAUAACCAUAAUUUUGGCUACAUAUAAUGAAGUGUUACUUUAAAAAAAAACAUCAGCAAGGUUUGACCUAAUUAACCUGAUAUAUUUUGAUUUAUACAUGUAAAAAAAAUCACAAUUAAAAGAUUUUGAAACCUAAAUUAAUAACGUCAAACAAAUAUGUUAUAACCAACAGACAUGGUCAAAAGUUUAAUGUCCACAAAAAUUGAUUAUUCACGCAUUUAUUUACAAUGAUCCUAUUCUACAGUAACCUGUACUAGUAUCAGUUUAUUUUAACAAAACCUGUACAGUUACUGCUUGAAGAAUUUUUUUUGGAUUAACACGAACCAUCAAAACAGAAGUGUUAUGUACAAAUAUCACUGUACUUAAUUUAAGAGCUUGUUAAAGGUGCUUAAUAUGCUAUAGGUUCUAACUGCAUUGGCCCAUAGUAGGCCUAUCAAGUUAUUUAAGAUUACACAAAGCUUAUCUGCUUUUGUUAAAAUGACAGUUUGCUGAAUUAGCAAAAUCACAUAAAAAGGAAAAAUGUAACAGAGGUGGAAACUGUGAAUUGUCAAAGCUACUGUGGGUAGCUGAAUUGUUUACAUCUAAAAUGUCAGUGCAAAUUUCUUUUUUAUUAUUUUAUUGUUGUUGUUAUUUUUCAAAAACCUUCGUGGCAUUUGACCAACUGAAAAAAAGGCUUCAGAUUUAAAGGCUGUUACAGUUUUAAUUAUUUUGCACUUUUUUGUAUUCUUUUGGUGCUGUUCAAUGUAGGAGUUAUGUGGUUUUAGUUGUUACUGCAUCUCACUGAUGCAGUUUUUUUGAUAGCAUUUACACGGAACAAUGUGGUGUGUGACUGGAAGCCAUUUGACUGAAGGCCUGAAAAUGUUAGAUUCAUUUUUGCAUCGUACCAAUUUGGUUUCUCAUAAAAUGCUAAAAAUAACCCACACAAGGAAAUCAAUAUAGACCAAUUCAAAUUAUGGAGUUGUACUAAAAUUGUAUGUUAGGUUCUAUAAUUAAGCAUCUUUAACUUUUGAAAACUUUAUUCAUUUAUGAUACUGAAAUCAGGUUUAUGUGUAAUACCACACUAGCAUUGCUGUGUUCACCCAUUCACUCCUGCUGGUCAGGUGUGCCAAUACAGUAUAUCAAGUGUUGUCAAAUUGUUUGGCAGACUUAAAGUAGCCUUAUGUUAUAAAUGUACAUUAUUUUGGAGAAAAAAAAAGAUCUUUGAAAAAAAUGAUGAUUUGUUAUAAUAUUUUUUUUUUAACAAUGAACACAUUCUUCUGUGGAUGAGUUCUCAUGUAAAAUGUUUGUUUAAAAACAAAGUGAGAUUGGUAGGCAAAGCAUCUUUGGUUAUGCCAGUUGAAGACAACUUCACAGACAAAGUAUAUUAAAAGGAUCAAUGUACAUUAUCCUUCAUUUUAUCGACUCACAAAAUCACCCACAGAAGCCGCAAAAUGCGCAAUAUUGUGUUAAUGUAAAAAUGUCACUGAAUGAAGUCAGUACCUUCUAAUUUAAUUGGUUUUUUGUUUUAUUUUAUAUGUUGUUAUUUAUUUUUUUAUUUUUUAAAAGUUCUCCAGAGCCUUGAAAUAGCAUUCUGAAAUACGUGUCUUGAACAUGUCAAUUCUUGUCAAGCUUAUUAUUUUUGAAUAAAAUAACAAACAUCCAAACUUGACAUAAUAAUCCGUGUACGUUUGAAUU